AGUCGGGUCCAUUUGCUUCUUCACUCUCGGUCUCUGAGUCUCACUAUUUUCUGGUCUCCUCUCCGCGUACCUUCGUUGACACCUGACAUCCAGCUUUCACGGUUCAAACUUUAAACCCCCUUUUUUUCUCACAGAAAAGUAUCUUCCUCUUCGAUGCAACCUCAAACAUUUGCUAAGCAGCACAGUUUGUGCAGCCAUUGAUUCAACCAAGCUUAUGCAAGACAAUCACAGAGAAUCUCCAUAUUCUUCUUCUUCUUCUUCUUGGUAGGGUCCGGUUGUAGUGUAAAGAAGUGGGUUUGUCUCAGAUCAUGGAGAAGGAUUUUGUUCUGUUGGUUGGGAUUUUAUUGUUGCAGAUUGUAGUUCAUUGCUCUGGUGCUGAUUCGAAGGUAGAAUCCGGUGUGAAAACUGAUUUGGGUCGGAAAAGUUCGUUAGCAUCGACUAAUUCAAAUGGUUCCAAUGAUAACACUGUUGGGUCUAAUUUGGUUUUGAAUACUACCGAUGUUCAAAAAGUGAAGGACGGAGACCGGGUGGUUGGAUCAAAGGAGGGUGAUGGGGAUAAGAAGAGCAAUCCAAGUAAGGAAGUGGGUGUGAAAGAAUCUGAUAAUGUGGCAAAGAGUGGGGGAGGAUCGAGUGAGGGAUCCAAAAUAGAGGGCGAGGACAAGAAACAUGAGUCGAGUGAUGGGUUGGAAUCAAAGGAAGUACCUAAGGAGGUGGGUAAUGGAGUAAAUGCAGUCUCUGUGAACCCCAUGAGGAAGGAGGGGACUCAAAGUGAGGAAUGUGAUCUAUCUAAUAUGUGCACUGAUAAGGGCAACCAGCUGGUUGCGUGUUUGAGAGUUCCCGGAAAUGAUUCUCCCCAUCUUUCACUUUUAAUUAAGAACAAGGCCAAAGGCCCUCUCUUGGUUACCAUUGUAGCUCCUGGUUUUGUGAAACUGGACAAAACAAAAAUUCAACUUGCAGAGAAAGAAAAUGGAAAGGUUUUGGUUUCAAUUGGAAAGGGAGGAGCUGGUGGUUCAAUUGUGCUAAACGCAGGAAAUGGUCAAUGCAACCUUGAUUUGAAGGACCUGGUCACACACAGUUCCAGGAAGGAGCCUGAGAAUUCUUCAAACUUUGCCCACGCAAACUUCCUAAAACAAAAACCUACGAUUGCAGUUGUGUUCUUUGCUUCAGUAGUGAUAUUGGCAUCGGCUUGGAUGUGCAUCAGCUUUAGGAAUAGGCGGUUCUCGGGCAAUGGGUUGAAAUAUCAGAAGCUAGAUGAGGACCUGCCAAUUUCCAACGAGGAAAAACCGGUGUUGCAGGUUAACGAUGGAUGGGAUAAUAACUGGGACGAUAAUUGGGAUGAUGAGGAGGCACCCCACACACCCUCAAAGCCAAUUACUCCUAGUCUCUCUAGCAAAGGCCUCGCCUCACGACGAUUGAACAAGGAAGCGUGGAAAGAUUAGUCAGUUAAGUUGAGAAAGAGAUUAUAGAUGCAUGUUUCUAUUUUGUUUAUCUGUCUGUUUAUCAUUCACAGAUAAUUAUCUGAUUUUCCAUUUCCCAAGCAGAUGUAAAAACAGAAAAAAAGAUAUCCCAUUUAUUUACAUGAGACUAUAAGCUGACUUGUACACCAAGGCUUUUUGGUUGUCUUCAGUGAACUUUUGCUCCCGUUCUA